AUGGCUGCGAGUCCAGGGAUGAAGUGGUCAGUGAGCGUAAAACCGCUCCUGACCGCGUCCUACUCGUCUUUCAACAAAGAUGAUCUGCCUGGAUUUGCAAAAGCUUUAGCCAAAAGUGAAAAAGACAUUCUUGAACAUGAAGCUCAGCAUGAAAAGUUCUACUCUGCAUUUGUGGCUCUGGCUUCACACUAUAUGAGCGCAAGUGCAAGAUCAGUACCGUCAGCCCACCUUGGUACUGUGUCCAGUGCAUGCCGUGUACUGCUGAAGUUCCUGCUGGAGAAAUUACAGACCUAUCAUGAAGAAUGCUGUAUAACACAGAAACAUCUGAUGAUGUUGAUCAAGGCGCUAUGUACUGGAAGUAGUGGCCUAAACAAGGCUGAUGUUACGUCCUAUGUAGCUGUCCUCCGCCAGGCUCAGGCUCCUUCCCAUAUACGCGAAACAGACACAGAUUCUGUUGAAGUUCAGCCCAAAGAAAUAGCCAGAUCAAGACUAGACACAGGAAGUGACAUAUUUGACCAGCUGACCUCUGUGUUUGAGGAGGUGAGCAUCUCGAGUCCACAGAAAACAGAACCUGUGGUUGACCCUGUGGUAAACGAUGAAGACACACCUCAUAGUCGACACAGUCGUGAGUCAGAAGACUUAAAAGCUGCUUUUGGAAAAAGAAACUUAGCACACCUUCUGCAGCUAGAUGGAGCUGAUAUACUGGUGAAUGUUUGUUCUAGUCUGACAUUCCUGGGAAGGUAUUCCCAGCGCUACAAAGAGGCAGUAGCUGGCACCUCCUUCAUCAUGCCUAACACACUAGUGGAGGCCCUCACAUCAAGGACAAGUUACCAGUGUCUACUGAGUGAUAUCUCAGUAGUGUGGCGAGCCUUCAGCCUACCGAUACUAGAACCACUGUCUCCAAAGCGGAUGGAGAAAAUUGUCAACAUCACAAUGAGCUGUUUAUAUGCUUCUCUGUCUGUCGCCAUGGCAAAUAAUGUUGUGGCUCUAACAAGCCCACUCCCAGCCAAGUCUACAUCAAGUAAAGACGAGGAGAUUGACAACUAUGGAUCUACUGUGAUUCAACGAAGUCUGGAGAUAUUCAACACAGUGUCAACUGUUAUGAGAAAUUCCACAAGAGCAGGAGGCAAUACGGCCCAGAACCUUAACUUGAUGGCAGCUUGGUUAUUGAUGAAAGGCCUACAAAACAUAAUUGCCCUCACUCCUUCCACCGUACUGGAAAGGAAAGAGCCAAGUAAACCUAAGAUACCUGUCCAGUCUGAAAGUUCUGCCAAACCCAAGGAGACGCAGUCCUUCAGUCGGAGUAGCACCUGGAAAAGUUCAUUCCAUGGAUUCGGAGCAUUAUCUGUAGCCCUGGCGACCAAAGCUGGACAACUGGUGCAGGAGUUGCUGGAUGAUCUACAGAUUGAGGGCAUGGUGCCAGAUCUGGGAUCAACUACUCCACCCAAGCCAGGCCUGGACUUUACCAUUAUGACAUACCAGACUGCCUGGAAACGUGUCAAGAAGUUGCUGAACGCUAUCAAUCUGACAGACCUAAUGUUGAACCUGGUGGAAAAUGCCUUCAGAAAGGCAUCUCUCCUACGUAGACUGAAACAGGGGAAUGAGUCCUCUGAAACAAGCAGUAGCAGUGCAUCCGACUCCAACACAUUCUACGAAGAUGACUUCAGCUGUUCUGAGGAAAGCAGUGAUGAUGAUGAUGAGGAUUCGGAACCCAUCCUGGGGGGACUGUUUGAGGAACCAUCCCCACCCACAGACACAGUGGAGCCAUCUGCCCCACCCCCAGUCCCUGCCCGUGUGGAUGUUUCUAGCGAAGGCAAACGUUCCCGCAAAAUCAGUAGCGGAGACAGUCCCAACUUUGUUCCAGAUAAACGGGAACCAGAAGGGUUUGUCCAACUAGCUGCAGAUAUCCUGAACUUCUUAAGUCAGUCUUUCCUCAAUGCUACUGAUCGAGAAAUACAGAAGAUGUUCCGAUCUUCUUUGAAUGAGGAUCACAUGGGAAAUCUCGCCACACUUGUACGUGAACUUGACCGUGAAUGUAUCAAGUAUGCAUCUGACAAGGUGUUUGAUGUAUUGUCAAGAGCGUUGGCCAAAUUCAACCACAAUCUCAUAUCUAAAGGAUGUUUGACCGAAACACUUGAGGACAUAUUGCUGAGUCAGCUGGGCAUUAAUCCUAGUGCCGUGGAGCCCUGGCCAAUGACAGUACACACCCGGACAUUGGCUAUCCUUGCAGAAGUCAUACUUCUCAAACAGCAGCGUGAACGUGAAGCUAAACUCAUGAAAAGUCAAAGUGAGGCUGCUGUGAUCAGUAUCUGGGUGAACUUUAUUACCACGCUGAAGAGCAACAUUAUUGAUCUUGAUCCCCAAGUUGACACAUGUGAUGACAUCAACGUGGAACACUUACAGGUACUGAUCUUCCUGUUCCACAGUCUUCCCCUGAUGAAGAAGAAGUCCCUCCUACUACAGAUGGCCCAGAAUCUGAUAGCUAUCAAUGAGAUGGACAGUGUUAAGCUGGAGACCAUGGUUCCUCUGCCCCUAACACGACUGUUAGUUGUGUUUGAGUACUUGUUACAUUACUUUUAUGACCCCCCAACUGAACUCAUGGAACAGGUGAGAUGGAACCUUUUUGUGGUUCAUGCCCAGACGACUUCCCCAGAAGAAGAUGGCCUUGCCUGUAGACAGACAGAAUUCUUCCCAUGUAGGGAGGUAGAGGAAAACUAUCGCAGAAACCUCACUGCCCAGGAAAUAUCAGAUGGCAUACAAAGACCAAGAUUCUACAAUCUUGGACCGAUCAGCGUCAAUUCCCAGGAGACUCCAAAGGUGGAUGGCCUGGCGUGCAGUUUCUUGCUGUCCAGUGCUGAUGUGGUCAACUAUAACCAGCUGUAUGAUGCCUGUAUCUCUCUGUUGAUGGUUGGAUCCAAGUGUGACAAAGUCAAGGGCAAGCUCUCCAUUUUGGAUGCAUCAGCUCUCCACUAUCACUUCCUUGUAAGUUGGAGACUAUUAGCAUGCCUGCCUCCCUCCAUACAAUACCUCCGCAUGCUUGAGAGUGGCGAGCUGGACAUGUCAAAUGGACAUAUUUUACACACCUUACGUUGGGUCUCCAGGCUGGGACACAAAGUCUUCAGUGGUUGGAUGAAGGAUUACCUAGUGAAGCAGGGACUAACUACUCAGCAGUCAGAAACCUUACUCACCAGUGCCAACAAGGUUGCCAACAAUGUCAACUACGACAUCCGUCUGGCGAUGAACUUCAAUGUCAAUGCAAUGCUACUGAUCAGUCAGAAGGAGAUUAUUGGACCAACUGACCUACCAGGCUUGACUUCUGUGAUGUUACUGGACGCAGUCAUAGCUAAGAUACAGGUGUCCCUGGAGGAAACCUUCACCAGAGCUAUGGGCGACAUAGAUCCACGUAAAGCUAUGGAGAUUGCUCUGGACCUGAUCCCAGCCACUCUGCUUCAGCUGGAGACCUACAGUGUUUACGUGAGGUCCUGUAUCCUACAUCAACUAAAAUUGGAUGAGGACAGCGAGAUGAUUCUGACACCACGCCAGCUUGAGGGAUAUGGCACGGUUUUGAGUCUGGGUUCCAGCUCUCCCUCUAAGGUCUCAGCCCUAGGAGCUGAGAUCAUGGGUACACUGCCCCGUCCUAUCUCCCUAGCCAUUGAUGUUAAAUGGUCCUCCACCACUCACAAUGAGUUUCCUAGCACAGGAGCCUGGAAUAGUGACUUUUCCGAUGACAUUUUACCAGCUGAAAGUUACAUAGAUUCUAUCCUGACGGCCCACACUGGCACACUUUCCAUGGAACCUGUGUUCAGCAUCAAUGCUUCUCUGAAGCAUGUCCUCAUGGCAUUAGUCAAGUUUGCCUCCGACCUAGUCAUAUGGUGUCCAGACACAGCCAGCAGUAAGGAGAUGAUUCGAGUCAUGUUUCCCUUCACACUGGACGCAUCAACUGCCUACCUGUCUGAUGUGGUUUCACAAGCCCUAGAGCGGUUCCUUGGACCAGUCGACGGAGAUGAAUUUCUGGAAAAGACAUUCCAUUAUGCAUUUUCUGUGUGCCAUGACCUGUGUGUGAAUCUGUCCGAACCAGAGACUGGUCUGGAAGAGAAAGUUUUCCUAGAUUGUCUUAAGUUCAUGGAGAACCACUUGGAGAAAGAGUCUGAACGCAAGGCAUUCUACAAGUUCUACACCGAAUCAGCAGAUUUGACCCAGUUGGUGUUGUCCGCCUCAAAGGAAAAUCUGACAUCUCAAUACUCGACAAGGAUUCUACGACUCCUCAGCAAGCUGUUUCAGCUGGCUGACAAGAGCGGGGACAAGUGUUAUGAGGUACUGUGUGGAUCACUGUCGAGUCUGGCACAGAUGGACCUUUCUAAGAUGAUACUACCCACGGAGGAUCAGGAGGAUGAGAACACCCUGAGAGAAAACAGAAUGCUGCUCAGAACAGUUACUAUGUAUCUUGUGAAACCAAACAGCCUUGUCAGUGAGAAGGUGCCCUUGUCUAUCUUGUGUUCCCUGAUUCCCUUGGGUGGGAUGCUACUUACGGGGUCGGACAGGGAGACCGCAGGAUUCCCAGAGCUGAUGAUGGUCAUGCACACCUUGGCCGGUGCUGGUCAAGGCAGUGGACACAGCAUGUUGUUUCAGGCUGCAACAGGAUGGCUUGACCAAUGUACAGUCUUUUUGAACAAAAAAGAAGUCCUGGAAAAGAUAACCUUAGAAAAUGGAAACACCAACAAGUCUAUCCUGGACACUUUAUGCUGUCUGCUGUCCUACAUUGGAGAAAUCCUUGGGGCUCUCAAGAGAAGCUCAGAGAAAAGCGGUGUACUGUCACCUCCCAUGGACAGUGAUAUGACCGUGCCACAGGAUGGUGACAUGGACUGGAUGGAGGACCUAACACAGGAGGAUGAAGAUUCUGGAGGCGAGGACUCGGACGAGGAGUCACUUAACAACAAGCUGUGUACCUUUACUGUUACCCAGAAGGAGUUCAUGAACCAGCACUGGUACCACUGCCACACCUGUAAGAUGGUAGAUGGAGUGGGUGUUUGUACAGUCUGUGCUAAAGUCUGUCAUAAAGAACACGACUUGACUUACGCCAAGUUUGGUUCCUUCUUCUGUGACUGUGGAGCAAAGGAGGAUGGGUCUUGCAAGUCCCUUGUCAAGCGUUCUGCACAGAGUGGACUGGACAGCCUGGACAACAUGGCUGGAGCUUCACCAUUCUCUAUGGAAACCAUGCUGCCCAGCAGUCUGAGGCGACGCACGUCUUCUCCUAGUCCACUGGAGAAACAGACAGAUGUAAACAAAAUGGCUGAACAGGUGAACAAAGCACGGGAGGCUCUGAGUCGUCAAGUUGAGGGCAGCAGGGAGGCCCUUCUACAGCAUGUGGAAUCCUCCAACACAGUGAAGACCAUACUUAACAUGCUGGAGUCUAUCCUUCCCACACUGACUGACAGCUACCAGAGAGUAUCUCCCAUGGGUAGUACCCAGCGUGCUCAGAAGGCACUUCACGACCUCCACACCCAGCCCAAGACCACGGAGACUACUGAACAGCUAAUGACUGUAACCUUAGGAUCACAGGAAGGGGCCUUUGAGAAUGUGCGUAUGAACUAUAGUGGUGACCAGGGACAACAGAUACGUCAGUUGAUCUCGGCACACAUGCUGCGCCGAGUGGCCAUGUGCGUGCUUGCCUCCCCUCAUGGCAAGCGUCAACACCUGGCCGUGAGUCACGAGAAAGGAAAGAUCACAAUCCUACAACUAUCUGCACUCCUAAAACAGGCCGACUCCAGUAAAAAGAAGCUGACUCUCACGAGGCUGGCCUCGGCACCAAUCCCCUUCACAGUCUUGUCCAUCACUGGUAAUCCCUGUAACGAGGACUUCCUGGCGGUCUGUGGACUCAAGGACUGCCAUGUACUGACCUUCAACAGUUCAGGAUCGGUAGCUGACCACCUGGUCUUACACCCAACACUGCCUACUGGCAACUUCAUCAUCAAGGUGGUGUGGCUACCGGGAACCCAGACUGAGUUGGCUAUUGUUACUGCAGACUUCGUCAAGAUUUAUGACCUUGGAACAGAUGCCCUCAGUCCUCAGUAUUUCUUCCUCCUGCCAAGUGGUAAGAUUCGCGAUGCGACAUUCAUCUUUUCUGAGGAGGGACGUCAAAUUGUACUGAUGUCAUCGACUGGUUACAUAUACACCCAACAGAUGGAGGACAGUAGUAGUGCUAAACAUGGUCCCUUCUACAUCACCAAUGUGCUGGAAGUUCAGCAUCCUGAUCUCAAGGAGAGUAACGGUCAGAUUGCUGGAGGGGGCGUGUCUGUCUACUACUCCCACCCACUUCAGCUCCUCUUCUUCAGUUACACCCAAGGGAAGAGCUUUGCUACCUAUAUAACUGAGGAUCCACUCCUGUUCCCUAUUGCUCUUAAAAGCAAUGGUGGAGGAAAGGGAGGUAGCAAUGGUCAGCCCUUGGUCCAGUGGUCAGAGAUACCAGGACACACAGGGCUCAUGUACUGUAUGACCCAGACCUCCAACAACCCAGUUGUCCUCAUGAUCAAACCAGACAUCAUUCAGGCACAGGAGAUCAAAGUCGUCCCUGCCAAAGCCAAGAUCCAAGAUGUAGUAGCCAUCCGACACUCUGCUUCCAAUUCGGAUCAGCAACAAAGGACUACAAUGAUUUUGUUGUGUGAAGAUGGCUCCCUGAGGAUCUACAUGGCUAAUGUAGACAGCACCAGCUUCUGGCUGUCCCCCUAUCUCCAGCCCCAGUCUCCCAUUGCUGUACUCAAACCUGCCAAGAAGAGAAAGAGUAGCAGGACAGGAAGACCAGUUGGCUCUGUGUCCUUCCCCAUAGACUUUUUUGAGCAUUGCCAGCAGACAAGUGAUAUAGAGUUUGGAGGCAAUGACCUUCUACAGGUGUAUAACACCCAGCAGGUAAAACACCGACUCAACACCACUGGCAUGUACGUGGCCAGCACCAAGCCUGCAGGAUUUAACAUUGAAAUAAACAACACCAAUGCAGCCAAUGUGAUGGUGGGCUGUCGUGUUCUGGCUGGCAGUCAGAAUGUACAGAGGGCACCCUCUUACCUGGAGGUGUUUGGGCGAACAACACAGGUAAACCUCACUAACCGGUACCGCUGGUUCGACCUGCCCUUCACCAGGGAAGAAUCCCUCAUGGCUGACAAGAAGUUUACUCUAUUUGUGGGUGCUAGUGCAGACUCUGCAGGAGUUACCAUGGUCGACUCCAUCAAGGUGUUUGUGAAGACCAAGGAAGCAUUUGGCUGGCCAGAGGAAGUGGAUGAGUUCCCAGAAUCCCAAGCUGUGGUUAAACCUGCAACAUCCACGUCAGCCAUAACGAACAGUGACAGCGACUCUGUACCCAAUACACCCUUACCUCUAACCUCCGCUGACAGGCUGCUGGGGAGUGCUUUGGAAGUUUUAGAUGGGGCAUUUGCUUCAUCACUAUGUGAAGAAAAGGACCCACUUCACCAGCUAACCCUGGAUAUUGCCACCAGUCUGCUGACUCUGCCAACACCUCAUAGUGUACAACAGCACACCAAGUCUCUCCUGGCGUCACUUUUCCCUAAUAGGUUAUCCUACUACAACCAUAAGGACCAGGCAGAGCUUGUACAUGUUAUGACAUUGCUAUCCCGCGAGGAGUGUGACAUGGAUGUAGAGGCGUACCAGCGUCUGUUGGUCACUGCCAGGUCAGUGGCUGUAGCCAGACCACACAACCUUGUCAAAUUUGCAGAAAAGGGCUCCAUGUCUGUCAGCAGUGAGGAAGUGUUGGAAGUUACAGACCUUGAGCAGGAGGAUGGAGAAGAGAAAUUUGAUGGUCAUUAUACAUCCAGCCUUUCCCAGCUGGACAGUAAGGAGACUGGACACUUUGUCACACACUUGAUGGAGGCCUUCUGGAAGCUACACAGUCUGAAGCCUCCCAACCCAAUGCUGGCCCCUGUCUGCCUACCAGGUCUGAGCCAUGUUGAUGCCACAGUUGGUGCCCUAGUAGAAAUCAUGCACGCCUUCACUGUGUGUGAGUUUGAUAACAUCUCUCUGGCCACCAAGAUGUAUGUCCGCCUCCUUCUCUGUCAGGACCAGACAGUGAGUUUUGCCUGUAAGCAGGCUAUGAUACGUUGUCUUCGUCCCAGACAUCGUCGUCGUCGGGUCUGUAUCCCGUCUCCCCCCAGGUGUAGCUCACCAGGGGGAGGAGAUGAUGAUGACGAUGAAGACGAUGAUGACGAUGAAGAUGAUGACAAGGGAGACAAGUCUGCACAACCUGCUCAGCCUUUAAUGCAGGAAAUUGUCCCAGAGCAGCAUGACCAGGAGGAUGGAGAUGAACACUUUGAGGUGGUGGAGAACAAUGAACCUAUGGUGAUGGAGCCUGGAGAACAGGGUCACGGGGGACCAAUUCCCCUGGAAGCACUGUUUGCAGGUGGUGUAAACUUCCCUCCCAUGGUUGACAUCCCCCCAGAUGCGGAUGAUGAGACAAUGGUGGAGCUUGCUAUUGCUCUCAGCCUACAGGAUCAGCCUGGUCACAGUGGAGGUCUUGGACUACAGGGCCUAGGCAUAAACAGAUCACAACAGAGUGCAAUGUCCCUAGAGGAAGGGCCACUGUCAGACACGACAGCCUCGGCCCCUGGCAGUGAUGAUGAGAUCGGCAGUAAUGCUGCAACAGAUGGGUCCACACUUCGCACAUCUCCUGCAGAACAUGCAGGUAGCGGAGGCUCAGAAAGUGGAGCCAGUGGACGAAGUAGUGCUUAUGGGGAGAGAGACCGGGAGAGCACCAUGUUUAGUGCCCGUAGUGAGACUAGCAGUGUGGGGAUGCACAGUGGCUCACUCCCUCAGGAAACAGAGGGCUCAGAAAUGGAUGCUGACUAUGACACCAGUGUCAGGCUACACAACCUACGCCUGAUCCUACUGGAGCGCCUACUUCAGUACAUCCCCGAGGUACGUGAAGUGGGUGGUGUCCGUGCUAUACCAUUCAUGCAGGUGCUUCUCAUGUUGACCUCUGACCUGGACAGUGAUGAUGAGAAAGACAAGGCCGCACUGGACAGUGUGCUGACCGCUCUUAUCAAGGAGUUGGACCUCUCUGGACAGGGUCUUGAGAAUGUGUCGUGCAGGAGUAAAAACUAUGAGGUGAAGUUAGUGUUGCUGAGGUUACUGAGUGUGCUACUGUCCAGGACUAAGGCUGGAACGAAGCCUUCCUCGGAGACCUCCACCUCCUCCUUCAUCAGUAACACAUCAGCCUCCGCACUGAUCUCCAGCGACGGCAUCACCUACUGUCUCAACAUCCUGUGUAACUUACUACCCUUCUGGAAGCAGUUCACCUCUCAGGAGGAGGGUAGUGCUGUGACCGGAAAAUUACUGAAACCACACCCAACACAUCCACCCCCAGACAUGUCCCCCUUCUUCCUGCGCCAGUAUGUCAAAGGUCAUGCCAGUGAUGUAUUUGAAGACUACCCACAACUUCUCACUGAGAUGGUUCUACGACUUCCAUACCAGUUAAAGAAGAUAUCUGACAGUGUUGCCAAUGUCCCAGCGGCCAGCUUUGACUAUGUGUGGAACACAACACUUGCUGAGUACAUGAUGACACAGCAGACUCCAUUUGUCAAAAGACAAGUGCGGAAGCUACUACUGUUUAUCUGUGGUACCAAGGACAAAUAUCGCCAGCUGAGAGACUUGUAUGCCGUGGAGUCCCACCUAUGCACAGUGAUGGACCAGUGUCGGGAAGGAGGGCUCCUCAUGACAGACAGUAUGCCUACUCCCAUCAUACUGUCUUACGACACGCUGCUUAACAUUGUUGAGCAUCUGAAGAUCUGUGCGGAGAUUGCCAGUGAACGCCCGGUCAAUUGGCAGUUGUAUUGUAAAGACCACCAAGGAGUAUUGGCGUUCCUAGUGAGGGCCAGUAUUGUGCUAGAUGAGGGAGUGGCUCCAACAGUCCUACAGCUGCUGCAGUGUGCCCUAUGUGGAUCAAAGGGUCCAGUCACAGGUCACACAGGGAUAGGGGGCGGGGCUUCCACCAGCUCCCCAGCCAAACAUAAAAAAGACAAGGAUAAAGACAAAGACAAAAACGAGGAUUCUGAUGAUGGCCAGCGCCAUGAUGAGGCUUUGUGUGUCAAUCUGGUACAGUUGUUGAAUCGUGUCCUGGAUAAAGACCUGAUGAUUCGCUUCCUGCGCACAUUCCUUCUUGAGUCAAAUGCCACAAGUAUACGUUGGCAAGCUCAUAGCCUGCUCUACCACAUCUACAAGAACUCCAGUCUGUCGGAGCAAGAACAUCUACUAGAACUGAUGUGGAGUCUCUGGAAGGAACUACCCCUGUAUGGGCGUAAAGCUGCACAGUUUGUGGACCUGCUUGGAUACUUUGUACUCAAGACACCACAAACAUCGGAGAAAAAGACCAAGCAAUACCUGGAGAAGGCUAUAUCAGUGCUAAAAGAAGAGAACCAGAUCUUGUCAAACCACCCUAACGCCCAGAUCUACAAUAUGUUACAGGGACUGGUGGACUUUGAUGGGUACUAUCUGGAAAGUGACCCCUGUCUAGUGUGUAACAAUCCAGAGGAGGAAUCCACGAACCUGAAGCUGUCAGCCAUUAAGGUCGACUCUAAGUUUACGACCACAACACAGAUUGUGAAACUGGUGGGGAGUCAUACCAUCUCCAAGAUAUCACUCCGCAUCAGCGACUUGAAACGCACCAAGAUGGUACGAGUAAUGAACAUCUACUACAACAACAGGACUGUUCAGGCAGUGGUUGAGCUCAAAAACAAACCUGGACUAUGGCACAAGGCACGAAAGGUGACCUUGUCUGCAGGCCAGACGGAUGUGAAGGUGGACUUCCCCAUCCCCAUCGUAGCAUGUAACCUAAUGAUAGAGUACGCCGACUUCUACGACAACCUGCAGGCCACAGCUGAGACACUUCAGUGUCCACGGUGUAGUGCUUCAGUACCCGCUAACCCUGGUGUGUGUGGCAACUGUGGCGAGAAUGUCUUCCAGUGCCACAAGUGCAGAGCUAUAAACUACGAUGAGAAGGAUCCGUUCCUGUGUAAUGCCUGUGGUUUCUGUAAAUAUGCCAAGUUUGACUUCACGCUAACAGCCAAGUCCUGUUGUGCUGUCGACCCUAUAGAGAAUGAGGAGGAUCGUAAAAAGACAAUCUCCACCAUCAACAACCUCCUUGAGAAGGCGGACAGAAUCUACAAGCAGUUACAGCACCAUCGUCCCCUGUUGGAGCAGCUGUUAGUACAAGUCACAGAACACAGCUCGGAGAAACUACCGCAGGAUGAGGCUGCUGUAGGAUCGGGAGGAGGUGGAGCUGGGGCUGCCAUUACCAACAGUAGUGUUAACAAAUCUAUACAACAACUCGCCAUCAAGUACUGUAGUGAAUGCAAGUCCUCCUUCGACGAACUUAGCAAGACUAUACAGAAAGUGCUAGCCUGUCGUAAGGAGCUGGUUGAAUAUGACUGCCAGCAGAGGGAGGCUGUGGCUGCAGCCAGUCGUGCCUCACCACUCUCCUCUCCCCGCGACACCACAGACAAUUCCAAGGUCAGGGAGGUCACCUGUAAACCCAAAGCUACCAAGGACAUAGGUCGUCCAAGCAACUGUUAUGGCUGUGCUAGCUCAGCUGUGGAACACUGUAUUACAUUGCUGAGAGCCCUUGUCACCAAUACCAACCUUCGUCAGAUACUCUGUAGUCAGGGGAUGAUCAAAGAGUUGAUUGACUACAACUUAAGACAUGGGACACUACACGUGAGGACCGAGGUACGCCACCUACUCUGUCUCCUCACAAAGGAUAGCCGUCGUGGUACAGAGGAGAUGAACAACCUCAUCAUGACCCGCAUUGCUGCUGCCCUCAAGGGUCAUUUCUCCAACCCAGACCUGGGAUCGUCAGUGAGACAUGAGAUCCUUCUAUUGGCUCGAUCCCUUCAGCAGGAGGAUACAUGCUGGGAACAGCGUGUCCGAUGUGUGAUGAGGCUGUUUUUAAUGGGGAUGCAGCUAAAACAGCCUGUUAUCAUGGACAGUAUUACACUCCCGUGCCUACGAAUCCUACAGCAUCUUAUCAAGCCUUCAGGAGCUACAGUCAGCACCACUGUGACUGUGGUUAAUGAAAAGGAUAAUAGAGGUCCGGAGGUACAGGUGGGGCCAUCUAGUGUUGGCCAGCUCUCUUCCGAACUCCAUGUCAACAGUAAAGCUUGGCUGGCUGGUGACCCAAGGAACUCUUUCCAGACAUGGCGUAAACGUCUUCCGAAGAAAGUUUCAGCAGAAUCGGAGGAAAAGCCUAAAGAAAAACCAAACAAGAAGGAGAUCAGAGCACGCUUCCUGAUGGAGAAGUAUGCUACUAGAUGGCGCCAAAAGAUGUGGAAGACACCCGCUGUCCAGCUUAAAUUGACUCAGACCACAUGGUUGAAACAGGCCAUGUUCUCCCCAUCAUCCAGAUCAGCACGUCAGACAGCUUGUAGCAUUGUGGAAUCCAUAGCACAAAUUCCAACCCGCAAGAAAGAGAUUAUAGACAUGCUCACUCUUUGCCUGGAUGACAUCGGUCAGAGUGGAGAGAGUGCUACCAACUUCUUGGUACUGUACAAACGCCUGAUAGCACCAGCCUACUGGAAGUACUACCUGGCUAUAAAGGGCCUGCUAUUCCAUAUAGGUGAACUCAUCACAAAGGAGGUAGAACAGCUUCAGUACUUGGAGGAGACAACCUUGACCUCUGACCUUGCCCAAGGAUUUGCACUGAAGGCUAUGAUAGAGUUGCUGUCCCUGUUUGUGGAACAGGAGGUGAUCAAACAGCACUAUAAGAACAAACUGGUGGGAUACGUCCUGAACGGUUACCUGUCUCUACGUAAACUCGUCGUCCAGAGGACAAAGCUUAUUGAUGACACACAAGACAAGUUGCUGGAGCUACUGGAAGAGCUCACUACAGGUACUGAGUCUGAGACUAAGGAGUUUAUGCAGGUGUGUGUGCAGACUGUGAAGAAGUAUCCAGAGGAUGACUACCGGUCACCUGUAUUCAUCUUUGAAAGGCUGUGUAGCAUUAUCUUCCCAGAGGAGAGUGACACGGGAGAAUUCCUUAUGAUCCUGGAGAAAGAUCCACAACAAGAGGACUUCCUGCAGGGGAGGAUGCUGGGUAAUCCCUACAGCUCAAAUGAACCAGGUCUUGGGCCACUGAUGAGGGAUGUCAAAAACAAAAUCUGCCAAGACUGUGAGUUGGUUGCACUCCUAGAAGAUGAUACUGGGAUGGAGCUACUGGUGAAUAAAAAGAUCAUCAGCCUUGACUUGCCUGUACGUGAUGUGUAUAAGAAAGUCUGGGCAGUGGAGCAUGGCGAGGGAGAACCGAUGCCAAUUAUCUACCGGAUGAGGGGGUUGUUAGGGGAUGCAACUGAAGACAUGGUCAACUCACUGGACACCAGUACAGAGGAAGAUGUUGACAAGGAGGAGGUGUAUAAGAUGGCAAAUGUGCUGAACGAGGGGGAAGGUCUCCGAGUCAUUUUACAGAGGUUGCCAGCCAUCAAGGACUUGGUGUUGGGUAAACAGAUGAUGACGGUCCUCCUCAAGUUAUUUGGGUUUGCUGUCAAUGUCAAGGCUAAUCGACAGGAGCUCAUCAAACCAGAAAUGAACACUAUUAACAUCAUGCUUGGGGCCCUCAAUAUGGCACUUUGGGCUGAACAAGAAAGCUCCGCAACCAAGGGACAGACAAUCUCUGAGCAAAUUCUCCAAAUCAUGGAAGUGAUUCUACUGGAGGCCAGCUCACAGCCACCAGAACAGUACAGGGAGUUCUCCAAGCUUUGCGGUGACAAGGACCAGCUGAUGCUGUUACUGGACCGUAUCAACAGUCCAUUCGUACGCUCCAAUGCUAACGUGCUGCAGGGCUUGAUGAGACUUAUCCCCUUCCUUGCCUUCGGAGAGGAAGAUAAGAUGCUGGCUCUUAUCAACCACUUCAAGCCCUACCUGGACUUUGCCAAAUUUGACGUAGAACAUAGUCAGGAUGAACUUGUCCACCUGGACUGUUUCUGUGCUGUGGCCUGUAGUAUAGAGAGUAAUGCUAAUGGUAUCAGGCUGAAGGAUAUGAUUGUGGAACAUGGUAUCUGUAAGAUGGCAGUGGAUUACAUACUGAAGAACACACCGAUGUUCAAGACACUUCUGGCGACUGAUGCAGAGAACUGGAAGGAUUUCCUGGGAAAGCAGGCUCUCAGCUAUGUGUUACGACUUCUGACAGGACUAUGUAGCGGCCACCCACCCUCCCAACUUUUGAUUGGUGCAGAGUGUAUCCCGAUCCUACACAAGCUUGAGCAGGCCUCUUCAGACCAACACAUAGGCACCAUGGCGGAGAACCUACUGGAGGCUCUACGUGAACAUGAUGAGGUGGCAGCCAAGAUUGAAGAUUUCCGACAUCAAACAAAAGCAGAGAAGAAGCGAUUGGCCAUGGCAAAGAGAAAGAAACAGUUGGGAGCACUGGGCAUGAUGACCAAUGACAAAGGUCAGGUGACUGUGAAGAGCUCAGUGCUGAAACAGAUGGAGGAUCUGAAGGAGGAGACUGGUCUUACCUGUUGUAUAUGUAGGGAAGGUUACCGCUACCAACCACAAAAGGUCCUAGGAGUCUAUACAUUUACCAAACGUGUGAAUCUGGACGAGUUUGAGUGUAAGCUCCGUAAAACGCCUGGCUAUAGUACGGUAUCGCACUUCAACGUCAUACACAUAGACUGUCACACAGCUGCCGUACGACAUGCGCGUGGUCGUGAGGAAUGGGAGAGUGCAGCUCUUCAGAACGCUAACACCAAAUGUAACGGCCUACUACCACUGUGGGGACCUCAGGUCCAGGAGUCGGCUUUUGCCACCUGUCUCGCACGCCACAACUCAUACCUACAGGAGUGUACUGGGGUUAGGGAUCCUACCUAUCUCUACACGGUCCACGACCUCAAGAUCCUUCUCCUUCGCUUCUCCCAGGAGCGCUCAUUCAGUGACGACAGUGGGGGUGGAGGAAGGCAGAGUAAUGUCCAUCUCAUACCACACAUGAUGCACAUGGCCCUCUAUGUUAUAAACACUACAAGGUCAUUCAGCAGGGAAGAGAAAAACCUAACAACAUUUUUAGAACAGCCAAAAGAGAAAUGGGUAGAGAAUAGCUAUGAGACGGAGGGUGCCCUCUACUGGACAGUGAUGGCACUACAUGUCAUGUCAUAUGACAAAUGGAAACAACACCGCCUGAAGUUUCUGGAGAGGAUACUCGUCUUAGCUCACACACGUGCUGUCAGCCCUGGUGGGGCCAAGAGUUUAUCGAACAAGACAGCUAAGGAAUAUGGAGCCUACAAGCCCUACUUAGUGUUCUAUGGUCUCGUCAUCGCUCUCUACGACAAGGUGUAUAAGAAAGUGACAGUUACCCCAGAUGGAGUAUGGAGUAACCUGGCUGCAGAUUACAUUAGAAAUAACGAUCGUCUGUUGGUGGAAACAUGUGACCGUGUCAUGUCAGCCUAUGAGGAGGAGAUGCUUCCAUGUGAAUCCUUGGCAGAAUUCAUGGAUGUUAUUGGUUUGUUGGAGGAUGUAGCAGACCCUGACAGUUUCCUGUCUUCACUCCUCCAGUCGGUACCCUAGGCUUCCAAGGAUUUCCCUUGUGUGGACGCCACACCUUAUAAACUAUGCUUUCUUGUUGUUUUUCUUAAUUGUGAAAUUUGUAAUUGAACAGUAUAUCAGCUUUCUUCAGUGAUGUUGUAAAAAGUUCCGCAAUCCUUAAUACAUCAACAGCAGCCUUGAAAGUAAUGAAGAUUUCCAUGCAGAUACAGACUGUAUUUGGAGUGGAAUGUAGGAAAGUGAGAUAUCAGACUGUAUAUGGAGCCGGAUGUAGAAGGGGAUGGGAAUGUUGGAUUUAUUUAAAGUAGAGGAAGAGAUAUCAAAGUUUUUGUAGUUGGAUGUAGGAGGGAGAGAUAUCGGACUGUAUUUGGAGUGUGGUAUUUGAUUUGUUCGUCAAUGGAGAUUUUGUUGUAUGGUGUAUCAUUUAUUUGUCUUUCAGAUUGCUUCUUUUGAAGAUUCCCUAAAAUUGCUACGUUUUGAGAAGAUUUUAACAUUGCUAAUUGAUAAACUGCUAAAUUAUCAGAAUAGAUAUUGUUCCCCUUGUAAGUGUAUUGAGGAGGCAUAAAAACAUUGACUUAAUUGGUAGUUUAACAGCUAGAUUCAAUAUGUUCAUAGUAUUGAAACUUCUUACAACAUUUAUUAGGCAUGAAAUACAAUGCAAUUUUGAAAAUUAGAAUAAUAUCAGAGAAAUACCAGAUAGAAUAGAUAGUUUAUUGUCUUGGACUGAUAGGUAUGCAGUAGAGAUACAAGAAGGCACAAGAAAGGUUUAAUUGAAAGAUCAGCUAAUCAGGAAUAAUUUAAAUAAUUUAAUUAAGUAUAUUAUAUUGGGUAAUAAAAAGUAUAAAAACAAUUUUCUUGGGGGGGGGGGGAUCACAUUCAAAUGCUGAGACGGUCGCAAAUUUUUAUGUUUUGAAAAUAUCAGAGAAAAGUGCAAAUUAUACAGUGAAUAAACCUCAAUUUUCCUUUAAUAAAUUAAUAGCAAAAAAUUCAAACAUGUGAGGUACUGUCAGGAAAUAGGCAUUGAGAGUUGGGAGGUAUAGUGACAAUAUCAGUUGUUUCCCUUUGUGGUGUACUUCCCUUGGUGUAACACUGUAUCACAUUGACAUUGUAACUCUGGUGUGGACUGUAACCUUACUGGUCCAGUUUGUGGUUGUCAGCUUACAGCAAUAAGUCUAACAAAAUUAUCCCUGGUUAAAGAUUCACAAUUAGAGAAAGAUUUUAAGAAAACUUUCAAACACCACGACACCAUACAUCACAAACCACAGGACCCAGGAAAAUCUAGCAUACAGUAUUUAAAGUAACAUUUCCUGUAUCUGUCAAUAUCCGCUUGCACUGGCCUAUUACUUACAAUGUUAUGUAAGUUUAUUUAUACAUAAACAUUGCUCCCCCAUUAAAUGUUAAGUCACAGUAGAGCUAUCCAUAUAAUACAUGCUUUGAUUACAGAAAAUAUUUGUUGUAUAGGAAAAGAUGGAGGUUAAACUGUUGGAGCAUAUCAUAUUUCACUUAAACAUCAGUCAGUAUAGAAAUGUACAUCUUUAUGCUCUACUUUGAAAAAAAACCCAGUUUAUUUUAAACAAUUAUGGAACAGGUUAUAGAAUUUGAUUAAUUACCAGACUUAAAUGAUGUCAUUUUGUUUUACUUUGUGUCAUUGUUGAAUUUUAAAAAAGGGUGAUAACACAUUUGAUCAAUGUUGUGUGCAGUAUUGUAUGAUGGAUAUUUGGUGUUAACAAGGGACAACCUCAAUAGGGACAAGUGUACCUGACAAAUUUCACUUCUCACAACAUAUUGUGAUUUAAAAGGAAUACUUUUAAAAAAAAUAUGGUUAUGUGAUUUAAAACCAUGAUGUUUUAAACUUGUAGUCACGCUCUUUAAAGAUAUUAAUGAAAAUAUUGGUAGAAACGUUUAAAAUAAAUGAAACUUUCAACAUUUGUCUUUUCAGUUUAAACUGAUACAAGUAGCCAUGUUCUUGUCUAAAGCAUGAUGCAGGUCCACAUCAUUUAGGGACAUUUACUGUGAUUCAGAAUAUUUUAUUUGGGGCAUUUUGAAUAAGAAUCACACUUUUAAAUACACAUAUUUGUAUUUACUUGAAUAUCUACAUAUUUAGUAAAAUCUUAAAGUUACUCAUUGUGUAAGGAUGUAAUCAUAAGGUGAUUUUAUGUAAAAGGAAUGGGGUAAAAAAAAAGUCCACAACCAAUACAUGUACAGUAUAUGGACUUUCGUAGGUUCUAAAAACAUCUCCUACACCAAAUAUAUACCUUCUACCAAUGAAAUAUAAAAUAAUGUUUCAAUCCAUGGUGGGCGUUUAUUGUAAUGUUUUCUUAUCUAUUAAUACAAGCUUUCUGUGUU